AUGAACAACAAAACGAAGCAAUACGACACAGUCUGGAGUGCCGACGACCCUGACCAGGAGGAGUUCCUGUCCGAGACAGAUGUCGAGGAGGGACACGAGAAAGAAUGGCAGUCAGAUGAGAGACCUGCCAGGCGGCGGGCAGGGGCUCCAAUGCCAGUAUGGUCGACCUUACGAACAUACAAGGGGCUAGUCGACACGGCCCUGUUACUCGUCGCCAUCGCAAUGCUGGGUCUGCUGCUCCUACGGCGGCCACAGCAGUUGGAAAGGAGGCAGAUCGGAGGAGACUAUAUGGGGGCCGGUCCAGAGUUCCCUGCCAGAAUCGUAAAGUGGAACGCAGAUGAAUCAUUCGUGCCCCCCAACGCAUCGGAAUGGUUCUCGGAGGCGCUGUUGGGGAGAUGGAACACGAUGAUGCCAGCUGGAGCCGCCCUUCGAUCGGCGGACGAGGUCUUCCAUACGACAACGAUGACACAUUCUCUACAUUGCCUGUUCAUGAUGGGCCGCAUCUUCUCCUCGUUGGCUGGCAACAUAUCCGGAGUCCUACCCGACGACUAUUUCACGCAUUACAUGCACUAUUUGGCUAUUGAACCACAUCUACCCACCGAUGGCCCGGACAAUGGCCCACUGGACGGGGGUUGGAAUGGCAUGCACGAACAAAUCGUCGAUGGAGUGCGCGUGGUGCUGCCAAUUGACGACUGA